GUUGCUGUGUUUAAAGACUAAUCUGUCUUGGAUCGCCUCCUGGACAUCGCAAAGCAUUGUCAGUUGGAUAUCAUUUCAUAAGCGUGUCAGAGAUAGUUUGUCCAGCAAAAUGGCACAGAGGAAGAAAAAACUGACGAAGAAAAAGAGACACACGGCGACUAAUGUUAGAGAACCUGAUUUGGAUUCGGACGGUGGGGAAUUUGAACUGGCUGCCCAAAUGAAAGAUGACGCUCCUGGGAAAAAGUCGCUCCGCUUCCCGGCCGCGUCAGAGUGCCUCUCCGACGUGGAGCCCGACACCAGAGAGCUUGUCAGAGCGCAGAACAAGAAGAAGAAAAAGUCCGGUGGCUUCCAAUCUAUGGGGCUGAGCUAUCCUGUGUAUAAGGGGGUGAUGAAGAAGGGCUACAAAGUGCCUACUCCGAUUCAGAGAAAGACAAUCCCUGUGAUUCUGGAUGGCAAGGAUGUGGUUGCCAUGGCGAGGACCGGCAGCGGGAAGACAGCGGCAUUCUUGGUCCCCAUGUUCGAGCGUUUGAAGGCUCCCCAGGCGCAGACUGGCGCUCGGGCGCUGAUCCUGACGCCAACUCGCGAGCUGGCACUGCAGACCAUGAAGUUCACCAAGGAGCUUGGCAAGUUCACUGGCCUCAAGACAGCAUUGAUCCUUGGAGGAGACAGAAUGGAUGACCAGUUUGCCGCCUUGCAUGAAAAUCCAGAUAUCAUCAUUGGUACCCCUGGCCGUCUGAUGCACGUUGUCAUGGAGAUGAACCUGAAGCUGCAGAGCGUGGAGUACGUGGUGUUUGACGAGGCUGACAGGCUUUUCGAGAUGGGCUUCGCCGAGCAGCUGCAGGAGAUCAUCCGCCGCCUCCCGGACACGCGGCAGACCCUGCUGUUCUCCGCCACCCUGCCCAAGCUGCUGGUGGAGUUCGCCAGGGCCGGGUUAACAGAACCAGUGCUCAUUCGGCUGGAUGUGGACACCAAGCUGAGUGACCAGCUGAAGCUGGCCUUUUUCCACCUGCGCAUGGAUGACAAGUCGGCCUUGCUGCUGCACCUGCUGAGGAACGUGGUCAAACCGCAGGAGCAGACCGUGGUCUUCGCUGCCACCAAGCAUCAUGUGGAGUACCUGAAGGAGCUGCUGACCACCGAGGGCGUGGACUGCGCCUACAUCUACAGCGCCCUGGACCAGACGGCCCGCAAGAUCAACAUCGGCCGCUUCGUGCACCGCAAGGCCAUGGUGCUGCUGGUGACGGACGUGGCGGCCCGCGGUAUUGACAUCCCCCUGCUGGACAACGUCAUCAAUUACAACUUCCCCUCCAAGGCCAAGCUGUUCCUGCACAGAGUGGGGCGAGUGGCCCGCGCUGGCCGGAGCGGAACGGCCUACAGCUUGGUGUGCUCUGACGAGGUGCCUUACGUCUACGACCUUCACCUCUUCCUGGGGCGGCCCAUCCAGCUUGCCCUGCCAGACCAACCCCAAGAAGCCGACGGGGUGUUCGGCCGGGUUCCACAGAGCAUCCUGGACGAUGAGGACUCCCUGCUCAUCACAGCCCACCAGAACUCUCUGGAGCUGCAGAACCUUCAGCGGGUCGCGGAGAACGCCUACAAGCAGUACCUCAAGUCCCGGCCCGGCCCCUCCCCCGAGUCCAUCAAGAGGGUGAAGAACACGGAUCUGUCCGGCAUGGCCGUCCACCCACUGCUUGGGUCAGGUCUGGAGAAGAUGGAGCUGGACCGGCUGCAGAUGGUCGACAGCAUCAAGAGCUACAAGUCGAAAGCAACGAUAUUUGAGAUCAACUCCAACAGCAAGACGACGGCCAGCGAGGUGAUGCGAGCGAAGAGGAAUCGGGACACCCGAUUGGUGGACAGGUUCCAGCGGGCGCAAGAGGACCGGGUGGCUGAGGGUCAGCUCACUCAGCCUACCCCGCCCCGCUCUGCCCCCGCUGCCGACCUGGGCGAGAGCGAGGAGGAGGAGGACUUCCAGGGGGUGUUCUCUGAGGUGGUGGGGGGUAAGAGGAAGAAGCUGCUGGGGGAGGAGGAAGCAGCAGAGCCCAAGAGGAAGAAGAACAGAGGACCUACCCGUGAUGAGGAGUUCUACAUCCCUUACAGGCCCAAAGACUUCAAUUCGGAGAGAGGGCUGAGUCUCGGAGGAGAGGGCAGCACGUUCGAGCAGCAGGCCUCCUCCGCUGUCCUGGACCUGAUGGGGGACGAGGGCGACCGCCUCAACCAGCACAAGAGCAUGAUGAAGUGGGAUCGGAAGAGAAAGCGCUUUGUGAGGGAGACAGGAAAGGAGGACAAGAAGAAGAAGGUGCGGACAGAGAGCGGGCAGCUGGUCAGGAAUGCCGGAAAAAAGAACUUCUACGAGGAGUGGAAGAAGAAGUACAAAGUGGAGGAUGGAGGCUCCGACUCAGAGGGAGAGACCGGGGGAAGGGGAAGGACUCCAGGAGGGAGAGGAGGCCGCAGGGGCAGGCGGGGCCCCCCUCAGCAGCAGCAGCAGGGCGGCCCGCGGGCGCACUCGGAGCUGCGCAGCCGGGAGCAGAUCCUGAAGCAGAGGAAGAAGAAGCAGAAGCAGCAGUUCCUGCAGAGCGGCGGCCUGAAGAAGCUGCGGCACAAGGGCCGGCAGCGCCUCGGCGAGCUCAGGAAGUCCGGCUUCGGCCGCGGCGCCCUCAAGAAGGGCAAGCUGAAGAAGAGGCUGUGAGGGGCCGCCAGCUCCGCCCACGCCGUGACCUCACAGAGGGAGGGGGAGGGGCCUGGCUUACAGCGCUGCUGAUGCUGAAAACAGCGUGGGGCUAAGCUCGUCCGUCUCCAGAGCCCCCCCCCAGCAAACAAAA